AUGGCAUCCGAUGGCGUGAUUUCCCCUGCACGUGGCGAUGGCGUCUCUCGUGUCAAUUCGACGACGUCUGUCCCUAUGUUUCCUGCAAUUGAGAAGCUGGAAGGCAGCAAGAACUACUUGGCGUGGAAAUUUGCUAUACGUAUGGUCUUAAUACUAGAAGGCUUGUGGGAUUGUGUUACUGCGAAUGUGGUCACAGACGCUGCGCGCGAUCAACGUGCGCUGGCGCGCAUAGCUUUAAGUGUUAAAACGAGCCUUUACCAGCAUAUUCGCAACGCAGCUACUGCUAAAGAAGCGUGGGAUAGCCUUUCGGAUAUAUUUGAAGAUAAGGGACUCUUGCGUCGUGUUUUACUGUUGCGUGAACUACACCGUACACGCUAUACGGAUUUCAACGACAUGAGUAAGUACAUUGACAACACCUUCAACAUAGUGCAACAGCUAGCCGAUAUUGGGCGAAAGAUAGAAGAUGAAGAAAUAGCUGAAUUGUUACUAAGCGGUCUACCUCAGGAAUACGACUCGCUUGUGUCUAAUCUGUCAACGUUCACAUUAACAACAAGAAUUUCUAGUGAAGUAGUGAGAACUCGCCUACUACAAGAAGAUUUGCGGAGAAACAAUUCUAAUUCUCAUAAUAUAUCUGAAGCUGCUUAUAUUUCAAAACGCAAAGUGAAAUGUGACUAUUGUCAUAAAGAAAAUCAUGUGAAAGCAAAAUGUUUUAAGUUAAAGCGUGACAAAAAGUUAAAAAACAGUACUAAUGUAUGUAUGGCAGCUGCAUAUCUCUCUAGGCAUAGACAGGAAGAUUGGUUA